GAAGUGGCGGUGCGGGUGCCGGUUGCUCGUGACUGGGCCUAUUAGGCUGAGGUCUUCGCUAGGCCGAGCGGAGCGUCCCGAGGAGUCUGCGGGGGGAGUAAGUCGCCCCCCUUCGCCCUUUUGAACCCCGCGAGAGGCGGGAAAACUUUGAGGGAUGAGUCAGUUUUGGAUGAAGAGCCUCUUUUAUCUCUCUGAGUAAGAGUGAUUUGUCCUCCAGUGGGCUGUAAACUGAAAAUUGGAACUGCAGGAGCUUAUAAGACUAGAGAACGCUAUGGUCUGUGCUGCUGUUUUUGCUAUUCCUCCGUUGCUGAGAAGUACUGCUGGAGUUCUUCCCAUUUGUUCUUCUAUCUUACAUCUGAAACAUGCGGCACUACGUUAUUGCACAGUAAACGGCAACAUGAAAUCAAAAAGAAAGCCAGAUCAUCUGGAGAGAACAGCACAUGACUUUCGACAGGAGAUCAUUUCCAAAGCAAAAGUGUGUGGAAUCACCAGCGAAUCUGAAACAGUUAAAAGGCUCCGUCUGGCAGUCACAGAUAAAGAAUUUACUUUUAAAGCAGGACAAUGGGUAGACUUUUUUAUACCUGGAGUUGCUGUAGUUGGUGGAUUCUCAAUAUGUUCAAGUCCUGGUCUGCUUCAGCAAGAGGGAGUUUUGGAACUAGCAGUAAAGCGAACCACACACCCUCCAGCUCAUUGGAUUCACACGCAGUGUACACUUGGCUCAGAGGUGGCCUUGCGAGUGGGAGGCAACUUCUUCUUUGAUCCUCAACCUGCCGAUGCCCCUGCAAACCUUGUGCUGGUAGCCGGUGGAGUCGGAAUUAACCCCCUGUUUUCUAUACUGCUCCAUGUCGCAGACCUUCAAAGAACUCGAGAGAACAAAGGAUCUGGCUACAAAAUGGGAACGGCAAAUCUGUUCUAUUGUGCAAAAAACACUCAUGAGUUGCUCUUUAGGAAACAUAUCCUUGGUUUGACGAACACAUUUCCUGGAAGAAUCACAUGCAGUUUCCAUGUUACCGAGCAGAGUUCACCAAUCUGUGAAAAUCUUCAGCCUUACAUCAAGGAAGGAAGAAUAUCUGCAGAUGAUCUAGAAAAACAUAUCUCCACGGAUACUUUGUGGUAUAUCUGUGGUCCACCUGCAAUGAUUGAAUCCAUCUCCAAAGUGCUAGCAAACCUUGGUGUGACUCAAGAUAAAAUUUUCUUUGAGAAGUGGUGGUAGCACACAGCAGUUCUUCAGUGGAAAUUAAAAAGAAAGAAAAUGAAACGCGCACACGCACACA